AGUAGCUGAUGAAGAACAAGGGAUGAAACCUCCUUGCAUCUUUCCAUCAGCCGCAUCGGAUCUCUCAUGAAUCCUUCAGCUACAGAUCAAUCAGAUUCUCGUUAAUCUCAUCAUCAUCAUUCUUCUCCUCCAAAUUCAUCUUCUUCAUCGCUUCCAAGGAGGAUCUUCUGCUACCUGAGAUUCAAACCGACCUUGUCAUAUUUUUCAUUCUAAAUCAAAGCUUUAGGUCGAUCUUUACAAAUGAAUCUGAACUCAUCAGGCAAUCAUCACUCGAAGAGUAACUGUCCGUUUCACAAGUUAAACAAUGGUACUGAGCAUGUUAAGAAGCUCCAGAUAGAUCUCAAUAUGCCCGCUUCUUCUAACGAAACUGAAGAGCUGUCGACUCAAAACAUUCCCAACUCUGAUGACGAGGCCCUGUCACAGUAUGCCGGAAUGGACAUCAGAAGGUCAGAAUAUCCACAACCUUUGAGUGGCAGGCCACAUCAUGAUGAUUCUGACACCAAGGAUUCCAAUCACAAAGAUGCCUCUAGGAAGAAAAAGAGUAGCAGUAGCAGUAUCCUUAAGUGGAAGCAGCAGGUGAAAGUGAGCCUGGAGAUUGGACUUGAAGUUCCCCCAAAUGAUGGUUAUAUGUGGAGGAAAUAUGGCCAAAAAGAAAUUCUUAAUGCCAAAUACCCCAGAGAAUAUUACAGAUGCACGUACCGAAACACACACGGUUGUUGUGCAACUAAACAAGUUCAACGAUCUAGCGACGACCCAUCAAUCUUUGAAAUCACUUAUCUGGGAAAACACACUUGUCCCAAAAUAUCUAAAACCAACCAUCCUUCAUCUGCAACAGAAUCCGCUUAUGGCCUUAUCGAUUUCUCAUCUACACCAGAACCAGCAGCAUCUACAACUAAACGAACCAGCGAUUCUUCGUCCGCAACACAAUCUGGUUCCAGAAAUUCUUUCGAACUUUCAAAUUGGCCUCUGAAUCAUAACUGAAAAUUCAGGCACACCUUCGUUUUGCACGAAUCCAGAUUUCCUAGCCGUAGAGUCGGAAUUUACUGAGAUCGUAGCAAGGUACAAACUCUUGGUCUGUCAUCGUUUCAAUUUGGUGAUAUUUACCGACGACUGUAUCGAUAUGUAGAAGUCAAGGUUUUUAUUCUGACUUAUGAUGCAUUAUAUAGAUAGUGUCGUUAUAUACAAAGUCAUAAAUGAGGCAAAAGCUCCUCUCUUUUACUACUACUACUACUAUUACUACCUCAAUCACAGAGUUUAAUGGAGGCAUAAACUUAUAUUUGGUACACUA